UAGCCCAUCGACUAAAACGCUGCCGUCGCACCAAAAAUUUCAAAAGCAAGGUUAGGGCACACGCAUCAUCAUCGUCUUCUCCUCCAUCGCUCCCACCCGAUCUUUUCACAUCCCCCCUCUCCGGUGAUUCAUCUCCUCCAUGGCUGCCGUCGUUUCCGCCAAGUGAGUUACCAUCGCCUCCGUCAGCCGAUUUCUCUGAAAUUGGUAGCAUUUUUGUCAGAAUCCGACGAUGGGGACUCGAGAGGUAUACGAACAGAAGCUGAGGAGCGGGAACCUGCACCACGAUCCCACCAUGAAUCCGGGCCUCGGCACCCCUCGCUGCCCUCGUUGCCUCUCUCUCCUCGACCGCUAUUCCGAAAAAGGAGAAUGGACCAUCACCCCUGUUCUUCACGAUGCCACUGCUGUUGCUGGCUCAGGUAUUGGAGGAAUGCUUAGUGCAAUCCAUAGCUUUAAUACAGGGAUCCCGUACCUUCAGAGUCGCUUGAAGGGACCAAAGUGGCUUCCUUUCUUAGUUGGGCUUCCUCCACUGCUACUGUUUUCGGGUGCCAGUGCUGCAUUUGGAGGUUAUGCACUUCCAAAGUUUGCUCAACUCACCGUGACAUCCUAUUAUGCUACCUCAAGUGCCUCACAUUACGGGAUUUCACUUCUCACACGAUAUAUCGAAGAGGCUCACGCUUCCCGCUCUCGGAAAGAAAGGGUCAGAUGAUUUCUUUCAGGUGUACAUAUCGAAUAAUCUGAUACAAUUUUGUAAUUGAUGUUAUAUACGUGUGCUUUGUAGAUGCGUGAACUUGUAUAUGGUUAAGAUGUUUCACAUCAUUGACCACAGUUUUGGUAAUUUUUUUUAUGAUCAUAUCACAUAAUCUCAUAUGAAGGAUUAUGCUAACCACCGUCGAAGUAGUUGGUUUGAGCAGUAAGCGUCGUCAUAAACAUAAGGCCAGUAGAGUUAAAACCUGGAGGUUUUUGCCGCUCUACUUGUACAAUGGGGACCUCAAGAAUGCGAAGAUGAAAAGAUGCAACUCUUAUUAACAAAAUCCUCUUGUCGCUGCAUGGGGACCUCAAACUUUUCUAUUUGUUUGAAGAUCUUAUGGGCCAUUUGAGGGGCAAGACACAAUCGCCUUUGGAAUGACUCGAAUGAACCUCCUGACAUUAUCUAUUCCCGCUGCAUUUCUUGGUGGCAGCGGGAGUUCAAUCGAGUGACUUUAUUGCCUGCGGGGUCUAAUGGUCCUGCAUCUGUCCAUGUCAAAUGUUGAUGGUCAA